AUGGCUCCCGAAAACUGUGGGUGGCACCAGCUGACUGUGGUGAACCCAAACCGCGCUUCCCGAACCUUCGGCAGGCGCCGAAAUUUCCCUGCAGAAUUCCCGCUGCCACCCCCUCAGCCUCCCCCACUCAACGACACACACGGGAGUGAUCGAGAAGAUGAGGAGGCGGCUGUAGCUGCUCGCGGGGUCUCUGCUGGCGGUGUAGCUGCUGGCGGGGUCUCUGCUGGCGGGAUCUCUGCUGGCGGGGUCUCUGCUGGCGGUGUAGCUGCAGGCGGGGUCUCUGCUGGCGGUGUAGCUGCUGGCGGGGUCUCUCUGAUGGCGGUGGCGCUGCUGGCGGGGUCUCUGCCGGCGGUGGAGCUGCUGGAGGGGGUCUCUAUGCUCGCGGUGGAGCUGCUGGCGGGGCCUCUGCUGGCGGUGUAG